GGGCCAGACAUAUUGGGGAUCGCUCGGUGCCGGCGCUGUUGACUAUCCGGCCGCCGCCAUCUGUGGCCGAGUGUGGCGCCUUUGCGAGCACUCGCCGUCGCCUGCCUGUCCCAGCACCGCCGAAAGGACAUAAAAAUAAGGAUGAUUCGGAUUUGACCCUUCCGUCGUCUGCUGCACCGCUACGUCUGUCGUCCCCAUCCCGUCGAUCGUUCGCGCACCGAAAGGAUGCCGUCGUUGCCACCAUGUCUUCCACACUGAACCGCCCCUGACGCACCGUCGCUUUCGAACGCAGGUCGACCUCUCAGCCAUCUGAUCCCACCUCCUCGCCCCUGUUGCUCUUGAGAGGAGGUGGACAUGUCGUCUGUGAAAGUCGCAGUGAGGGUGCGGCCCUUCAACAACCGCGAGACGAGCAGGGACUGCAAGUGCAUCAUUUCCAUGAGCGGAAACACAACAGCAAUCACGAAUCCCAAAGCACCACCUGGCUGCAAGGAAGCUGCAAAAAGUUUCAACUAUGACUAUUCGUAUUGGUCCCAUGAUCCAACAGAUGUGUAUUUUGCCUCUCAAGACAAAGUCUACGAUGACAUUGGAGAAGAAAUGCUUUUACAUGCCUUUGAAGGGUACAACGUGUGCAUCUUUGCCUACGGACAGACAGGUGCAGGGAAAAGCUAUACCAUGAUGGGUCGACAGGAGGAAGGGCAGGAGGGCAUCAUCCCACACAUCUGUAAGGACCUCUUCCGCAAAAUCAAGGAGGACGUGUCUGAGGACAUGCUCUACUCUGUAGAGGUGAGCUACAUGGAAAUCUACUGCGAGCGAGUGCGGGACUUGCUGAACCCAAAGAACAAGAACAACCUCCGAGUUCGUGAGCACCCCCUGCUUGGCCCCUACGUGGAGGAUCUGUCCAAGUUGGCCGUCACCUCCUACCAUGACAUCCACUCGCUCAUGGACGAAGGAAACAAGGCCAGGACUGUAGCAGCCACCAAUAUGAAUGAGACCAGUAGCCGCUCGCAUGCUGUGUUCACCAUCAUCUUCACCCAAAGGAAGACUGACAAGGAUACAGGGCUCGCCACAGAAAGGGUUAGCAAGAUCAGCCUGGUGGAUCUGGCUGGAAGCGAGCGGGCUGACUCUACAGGAGCUCAAGGCACUCGGCUGAAGGAAGGCGCGAACAUCAACAAGUCACUUACCACUCUGGGCAAAGUCAUUUCUGCACUUGCUGAAGUGGCGGCGACCAAGAAGAAACGCAAGGGCGACUUCAUUCCCUACCGAGAUUCAGUUUUGACCUGGCUUUUAAGAGAAAAUUUAGGUGGCAACUCAAAAACUGCCAUGAUUGCGGCCAUCAGCCCAGCCGACAUCAACUACGAGGAGACGCUUAGCACAUUGAGGUAUGCUGACAGAGCGAAACAGAUUGUCUGCAAGGCUGUCAUCAAUGAGGAUGCUAAUGCUCGACUCAUCAGGGAGCUCAAGGAUGAGAUUUCUCGUCUUAAAAACCUGCUCCUGGCUGAAGGGAUCGACGUUGACGCUGACGACAACAUGAAUGUGGAGACUGGGAAGCGGAAACCGCACCUAUCUGUCUCUGCGGCCUCGGAGAAUGCGAUAGAACAGCUCCAGGAGUCCGAGAAGCUCAUUGCUGAGCUCAAUGAGACCUGGGAAGAAAAGCUGAAGAAGACGGAGGCCAUACGGCUACAGAGGGAAGCUGUUCUGGCUGAAAUGGGUGUAGCACUCCGUGAAGAUGGUGACACCGUAGGUGUAUUCUCUCCGAAAAAGACUCCUCACUUAGUGAAUCUUAACGAAGAUCCACUGAUGUCUGAGUGCCUCCUGUAUUACAUAAAAGAUGGCAUAACAAGAGUGGGAAGGCCAGAUGCAAAUGUCGCUCAGGACAUCAGACUUAGUGGCUCUCAGAUCCUGAAUGAGCACUGCUGGUUUGAAAACAAUGAAGGCACUGUCACUCUCUACCCAUGCCAAGGAGCCCUCGUAUAUGUCAAUGGGCGGGAGAUUGUGGACUCCAUUCGACUGAAGACUGGUUCCCGAGUAAUCUUGGGGAAGUCUCACGUGUUUCGGUUUCAACAUCCCGAGCAAGCGCGAGAAAGCAGGGAGCGGAAAUCUCCGGUUGAGAUGCCAGAAAAAUCUCAACAAGAUGAGAGUGACCGCCUAGAGAUGUUAACCUUAGGCAAGAAGAUGGAUGACUCUGUUUACUCUAAUGGUGGAGAGCCGGUUGAUUGGUCCUUCGCACAAGUGGAGCUGUUGGAAAAACAGGGCAUUGAUUUGAAGCAAGAAAUGGAGAAGAAGCUCUUAGCUUUAGAGGAGCAGUACAAGAAGGAAAAAGAAGAGGCUGAUCAGCAGUUUGAGCAAGAGAGAAAGACGUACGAGGCCCGCAUCGAGUGUUUGCAACGACAAGUAGAGGAACAGUCGAUGAUUUCCAGCAUGUACAGUGCGUGCACAGCAGACGAAGCAGCCACUGCUGAAGACGAUGCUGUCUUUGACCAGCCUUGGAGUGACCGGGAGUACCAGGUCGCUGCGUGGGCCUUUCAGAAAUGGAAGUACCACCAGUUCACAUCUCUCAGGGACGAUCUCUGGGGCAACGCAAUCUUCCUCAAGGAGGCCAAUGCAAUCAGUGUUGAAUUGAAGAAGAAGGUGCAGUUCCAGUUUGUCCUUGUCACAGACACGCUGUACUCGCCGCUCCCGCCGGACCUGAUUCCUCGCGACGAAUCGGAUGAGUUUUCAGACCAGGAGCGGCCCUUCCCUCGAACCCUGGUUGCCGUCGAAGUGCAGGACACCAAAAACGGAGCCACCCACCACUGGACACUGACCAAACUCAGACGUCGCCUGGAGCUAAUGCGCAAUGUGUACAAUGAGGACACCUGGUCCCCCGGGAGCCCCGAAUCUCGGGAAGACCCGCUGCUGCAGUGCUUGAGCGCGUCAGCUGCCCUGGGCCUGUCCAGUCUCAUCCCUUCCAAGACAAGACAACGCCUGGAGCUGAUGCGCGAGAUGUACCACAAUGAGGCUGAACUGUCCCCUACAUCUCCCGACUACAAUGUUGAAAGCAGCAUUACUGGCGGGGAUCCUUUCUAUGACCGGUUUCCAUGGUUCAGGCUCAUUGGCAGGGCCUUUGUGUACCUCAGCAACCUCUUAUACCCUGUGCCACUGGUGCAAAAGGUGGCCAUUGUCAAUGAGAAAGGCGACGUGAAGGGCUACCUGCGAGUCGCUGUACAAGCUGUCAUAGAUGAUGAGGAAAGCGCAGACUGCAGCACAGGAGUACGCCAGUCAGCAAGAAUAAGCUUCAAUGAUGAACUUUUUGACACCACAAAGAAGGACCACUGCAUAGAAAGUGCAUCACCUUGCCUUGAAAAAGCACCUUGCUGUGAAGAACGCAUAGUGGAAGGGGAGGAGCAACAACAGACUUCACUGCAGCAUGAGGAGUGCAGCCGGCUCGAGGCUUACAAGCAGGACGGUGAGAACAACAACAUCCUUCCCCUGAGCCAGGAGGAAGAGAAGCUGCCCGAGCACCUGCAGAUCGGCAAGGAGUUCACAUUCAGGGUCACUGUGCUGCAGGCCAUUGGUAUCUCGAAGGAAUAUGCCGACAUCUUCUCCCAGUUCAACUUCUUGCACCGUCACGAUGAGGCAUUUUCCACGGAGCCUCUCAAGAAUACAGUCAAGGGACCUCCUCCUGGCUUCUUCCAUGUUCAGAAUAUCACAGUGACGGUAACCCAGUCAUUCGUGAACUACCUGCGGAGUCGGCCAAUUGUCUUCGAGGUGUUCGGGCACUAUCAGCAGCACCCCUUGCACAGAGAUUCCAGAGAUGCCUGUCAACAGCACAGCAGCGUGCGUCAGCCGCCCCGACGGAUGUUCCCAAGGACGCUGCCUAUUUCUCAGCCUGUUCGGUCGCCAAAGUUCGACAUACUUCAGUGCCCAAGCACAACACACAUAUAUGCGAAACAUGACGUCCUGGUGUGGUUCGAAAUUUGCGAACUGACUCCGAACGGCGAGUACACCCCGGCCGUGGUCGAUCACAGCGAUGAUGCUCCUUGUAGAGGGACGUUCUCUCUCCACCAGGGGAUUCAGAGGCGCAUACGCCUGACGCUGGUCCACGAGCAAACGCCCAACGUCUGCUGGAAGGAUGUCCGAGAGGUUGUUGUUGGUCGUGUCAGAAGCACACCAGAGUGCGAGGAAGAGGACAAUGACACCUCGGUGCUGUCCCUGGGCAUCUUCCCUGGUAGCUACUUGGAGAUGGUUGGUGAUGACAGGACAUUCUACCACUUUGAGGCGGCGUGGGACUCCUCCUUGCACAGCUCGCCUCUGCUGAACAGAGUCACUCCUUAUGGAGAACGAGUCUACAUGACCAUCUCGGCUUACUUGGAGCUGGAAAACUCUGCGCAGCCUGCAAUCAUAACGAAGGACCUUUGUCUCAUCAUCUAUGGACGAGAUGCAAGACUGGCACCAAGGUUGUCUCCGAACGCAAGAUCCCUGCGCCACCUGUUCACUGGUGCCUACAAAAAUGCUGAUGCCAAUCAUGUGACCGGCAUCUAUGAGAUGAUCCUCAAGAGAGCGGCAGAUUCAGGUAGCCCGGGGGUGCAGCGUCGGCAGCGCCGGGUGCUGGACACGUCAUCAACGUACGUUCGUGGAGAAGAGAACCUGCACGGCUGGCAGCCACGAGGGGACUCGCUCAUAUUUGACCACCAGUGGGAACUGGAAAAGCUGACACGCCUUGAAGAGGUGGAGAAGGUGCGGCACCUGCUGCUUCUUCGAGAGAAGCUAGGCCUGGACUCCGGUGGUCCGCCCCAGCACCAGGACAUCUGCAAGUGGGAGAAAGAGGCAUGCAACCUGAUGGCCCGUGCCGCUGCUCGAGGCCCCAACUCCACUCAGCAGGCAGCCACCGCUGCUACCGCGGCCAUUCCCGCCGCUUCGCAGUUGCCGUCGCCGACCGUGGCUUCUUCGACUGCAGUGACCCCGACCCGCAGCACAGUGGUGGACGAAAGUGUGUAUGCACCUUGGGAGAUGACGCCUCGGGAGCGGGAACUGACCACUCGCACCAUUGGCCUCAUCUUGAGCCACAUUCCCAGCAAACCGCCACCUACAGGCCCGGCUGCUGCCAAGCAGAAUGCGGCGAUGACACCUGUUGAAGAGGGAGAUGCGUCAUCACUCAGUUCCAGCAUGACAUCGAGCUCUUCACAAGACCUACUAUCACCAGAGAAGCCGUGCACGUUGAUGUCAGAUUCUAUGGAAGCGCGAGGACUGCCGAGCAGCUUGGCGCCCCCUGCGGGUCUGAAGCCCGCCUCGCACCCUCCAAUCUUCACCGGGGGCAACCCUUGCUUCGUGGCGGAGGUGGAAGAAGUGCGCCCCAGCCCCAUUGUGUCGCGCAAGGGCUACCUCAAUCUCCUGGAUGACCGCACCGGAAACUGGGUCAAGCGAUGGCUGGUCAUCCGCCGCCCCUAUGUCUUCAUCUACCGUGACGAAAAGGAUUAUAUCGAGAGGGAGCUGAUCAACCUGGCCACGGCACAAGUAGAAUACAAUGAGGAGCAGCAGGAAAUGUUGAAGGUUCCCAACACAUUUUCGGUGGUGACCAAGAGUCGUGGAUUCUUGCUCCAGACGCUUGGAGAGAAGGAGAUUCACGAGUGGUUGUAUGCCAUUAACCCCCUACUAGCUGGGCAGAUCAGAUCAAAAUUGGCACGAAAACAGAAUGUAGACCUCGGCCUGUAAGUGAUCGAAGCGGCACCUGCUGCCCUGUCCUUGCUACUAAAAGAGGUGGUUUUCGCUCGGUACGAGCUCACAUGACAGCUUGCAAUAAUCGGGGGAGCUGAUAAGAGUGGAACACCUUAGUUGUCUGAAGCAUGUGCGAUACUCGUUUUUGCUUUUCCUGUCAUUUUUCGUGCAUACGACACAGAGCACUAUGCCCAUUCCUGCCUUGUUUUCUCUUUGUUUCACAUUUUUAUUAUUGUUAUAUUUUCGGAAAUUAGGAAUGGUCUUUCGAUUUAGUGAUACCCGUACAUCAAAUGCGGGAGGAAGAUGAGUUCGGACACGUUGUGCAUGACACAAGGAUGCCGACGUGAGCUUCAGUGAAUCGUGUGUCGCUGGCCUUUUUCCCAGUCACGUUCUUUGCACAAAAGAGAUCAUUAGUUUCGCAAGGGUUAGUUUUAACUUGGCAGUUUUUACUGAAUUUUCAUAUGGUUCAAUAAGUUCACCAAUGAAGUAAUGCACUGCGAGGUGGAAAAGUAGUCCGGGCUUUUUAUUGAGAGUUAAAGGAUUACUUAGUUCUUUUGUUCGCUGAUCCAAAGGAUUACUUAGUUCUUUUGUUCGCUGAUCCAGUUGUGUUUGGGUCUUUGCUGUAUGUUAACAUUUUAGUGACAAAACCUGCGCUUUUCUUUUGUAAUGAUACAUGCACGACUUACUGAUGUUCACUGUGGUUGACCUUGUGGUUUUCUUAAAAAUGCAACAAGUAUGUAAAGAAAGUUUUUUUGUUGCAUUUUUUAAUGUAAAACAAACGCCUUCAUUCCUGUAUACUUUAUGUAUACACACGCAUGCAUAUAUAUACAUAUGUAUAUUUAUAGGAACCUCUGAUUUUCAUAUCACAUAGGUCUGCUAUUUAUAUGAAUGUAUAAAAUGCCACAAAUGGAUAUUUUACCCUGUUUGAAAAGGCACAUAGCCUUUGUGAAGUUUAUUUACAUGAGUUGUUUGCUUAUUGGAGUGUUUUUAUUGUAGAUUGAGAUGGCCACUGAUUAUUACGACGGCUGCUUGGCAUAACUUUAGUGUACGUAGUUGUGGUGGGGGGCAAGGACUGUCGGGUGCGACAGGUUUUCUAUACACACGAAAUCAACUUACGAAGGGAAAAAAAGAUACAACAAGAAAGGCACGCUGUGAUGAUUAUUAGCUUUGGAGCUUUCUGUAUAUAAUAUGACGGCACACUUUCUGCUGUAUCUUUACGUGCGACUCUCCUGACAUUCAUUGUCCUGUGCACAACUGAUUGUAUGUGUAGUUUACGCGAUCUUUUUUUCCUUUUUUUCGUUGCGUCUUCUAUGAAUAUGAAUGAGUGUGCAGGGCAUUGCAAAACUAGUAUGCAACAGCGGCGUUUUGGCAAGAGGGUCUCAGUUGUACGGGCAUCGAUACGAUUUCGCUUUGCUUGCGUUGUUCGUCGAUGGUCAUUUGUUGCUUGAACAACACUAGCAGCUGGCACAUAGACCAUUCUGGGGAUGCGGAAUGCGGAACGCCCGUAUAACUGAAACGCUGUUUCGCUCGUAGGUGUGCGAGGAAGGAAGGUAGAUAGAGGGGUCGUGCUUUCGAAACUGCUUUUGCUCUUCGAAGAGCACCACUUUGUAUUUUCUUUGCCCUCCCUUUCUCACCCAGCCACACUGCGCAGCUUACUUCCUACUGCUGUUCACUCUCGCCUGAAUCACUCUCCUCUUUAGUGUACAUAAUCAAUUUUUUUGUGUCUGUAUGUAAAUGUGUUAAGUGUAUAUACAGUGUACUUUCAUUACCCGUGUACUACGACACGACUGUAGCAUGCGACGUUUUGGCCCUCAAGUGUUCUACGGGUUGUUUCUCACAUGCUAUUGCUUACGCAGUGGUUUACAUACCACUGCAAUCACCGUUAUAUGCGCACUAUUUUGUCGCUCUUCGCGUAGAGAGCACAGUCUUGUCGCGAAACUUGUGUGCGCUGAUCCCGUUCAGGGUUUCCUUCGUUUCUGCCCUGGAAGCUUACAAGCUAAAGGGAAUAAAGGAGUGUAACUGAUGCUGACUCGCAGCAUAGCUUUAGCUGCAGCUCUAAUGCAGACAUGCCGCUUAAAUUUUUUAGGUGGUUGUCGGGUGAAUGCGUGGGUGUCUUGACAACUAUCAAAUUCUCAUAGCCUUAUGACGGUUGUAAGGGAUGAGGAGUAGGAUUACAUUUUGAAGGGAAGGCCAAUGCUUUACUUUCACUUGUAGUACAGCAACCUGCUUUCGGUAGAAAUCGAAAUUGCUGCAGACUUUCACUUGUAGUACAGCAACCUGCUUUCGGUAGAAAUCGAAAUUGCUGCAGACCAUGGGAUGCCUUACUGCCGUGGCUACUGAUUCCCAGAAUGAUGAAACGCAAAUGCACAGAGUGCUAUGUUUUUCCCUCACAAUGAGGUCGUGAAACUGAGGGGGGAAAAUGAGAAGUGCAGGGGAGAAUAUUUAAAUGAGCAUUAAAAUUGGACAGUUCAUUUCCGAUAAUCAAAAUAAUGACUAAUCAUAAAGGCCCCCAUCUUUAUGUUGCAAGUCGACAGUCACCAUUGUGCUGUGUUGUUCAGCACAUCUAUGUGCUGAGGAAUAAUCUCAAAGGAGCAUUCUUCGUGCUAUUAUGAAAGACUGUAUACAUAUUUUGCUUACUUUGUAUUAGGCACCGCAAAUAGCCAAGAAAGUUUAUGGAUGCCUCAACAUUAGAGCUUAGUUUCACAGUGCUGUUUACAUGAGAACUUAAUGGCAACAAUAGAUGUGUAAGGAGACAGAGCCCAUCUUGGUAAAAUUGAUAGAGAAGAUGCUGUUACGCCGGAUUUAUGAUUUGACACAAACUGCAGCAAACCUACCAUGCAUUUGAAAGCUUGCUGUUCAUUGAAAAGAGCUUUCAGUUGUGCACACUGCUUAUGAUGAGCAUGAUGACCUUGCUGAACAGUAGGUUAAAGUCCACGUGCAGCAAGUCAUUUUAAAAUUAUCGUUUCACCGCCAGUGGAAACUUCCCGCUAACUUACGCCACAGGCACAAAUUUCAAAUACAACAUGCUGGACAGAGUCUGUACAGAAUGGGCCCUUUUUUGCUUAGGACAUUUUGAACAGCCACAUAUGCUUCAUUUUUUGCACUGUAACCUAAAAAUGUGAAGAGGACUUCAUUACAAAUUGAUUACUAGACUGCCACUCCAUUAAGCUAACAAUGCAUAAACACAUCGUUGUGGGCACACAUUGUGCUGCCUCAUCUGCACCGAUCAAGGAAGUGUGCUGCGUAUUUGAACCAUUAUGGACAGGCAAAACAGCCUCUGUCUUAAGAAAUGGGCCCACCUAAACAUUAUUGCUACAUAGUCCCAAUUGUGCAUUGUAUUUUGCCUGUAAGACAUCUGGCACAAAAAGGAGUUCUUGCCUCUAUCUCAUGCUCUUGAACAGUGCAGACGUAAUAGAACUAUACUACGAGACACUCCCAAGGAUUAGCCACAUUUGUGUGCAGCGCCCUAAUUUUUUUUUUUGAUAAUGACUGUUGCUAGUGCUGGCUUUAUAGGGCGGGCAAGUGUGAUAAAGUUUAAAACAGAUUUUCUCUUAGAAAAUACUACUGUAACUGUAUGAAUGCAGGCAAAAGUGUUCUCAUUUUCAUUGCACACGUCUUUAAUGAGUAGCCCAAGCAACUGAUUGCAUAAUGUGUGUUACUACACUACACCUUCUACAGGAAAUGACUCUGCUUGAUUUUUUGUACAUUGGAGGAGCUGAGCAGGAGUCAAAAGCACUUUGUACUUCGUUAGGAUGCUCCCAAUUGGACGAUUAGCACAUCCAUAGCUGCCUUAAUAAUAGUAGUAUGAAGAGCUGAAAUGCCGGUGCAGUCUUAAUGCAAGAUAUAGUGGCUGCCUUUCUUGCGGAUGGUGCAUUUAUUCUUGCGAUGGGUGCGCAGUAAAUCUAGCACUUCUACUGUGUCAGCAGUACGAUAAAACCAACACACGAGAUCAAAAGUGUGACAGGAGUCUGAUUUUAGCUGCAUGACAGAUUGAAUGCCCUGGUCUCGCGUUCCGAGGUUUGUAAUAGCAGAGCUUCUGGAAGCCACUGCCAGGGUUAUAUAGUUUGGAACAUGCUGCCUAUAUGCGAGCUUAAGCAAACAUUCCAUUACUCAGUGCAACGCACGGCGCUAGUGAUAGCACACAGCACAUGCAAGGAAUCUGGAAUCAACAGUAAACAGUCGUGAAAGAUUGUUUAUCAAGACAAACAAAAGGAAUAAAUGAGUAAAGCAGAGAAAAAAGUUGUCCUGGACCAUAAAAGAUGAUCCGCACGCUGGUAAUGUAGUGCAAAGUGAAAUUCCUGUAAAUUUAAAUGUUGCAGUUGGAAAACUGAAAUUAAAAUGCUAGCAUAUUUCUGAGACACACUUAUCUUUUGCUCAGAUUUUUUCUCAUCACGAUAUCUGUCAUCUCUUGAAGGUUUUCGUUGUAAGCCAAAUGAAAACAGACAAGUUUGAGCACUUAUGUUGUUUUUAAACAUGUACAGGCACAACAGCCCAGUUCCUGUAGUUGCGAAAAAGGUUUCCAGUGGACAGUUGUCAGCUUUUUGAAAAACAAAAGUCUUUAAUGUUCAACUCAGCUGGAACCAACGGUUGUUUCCGUGACUGCAACAGUGAACAUGCCUGUACAGUGCAGCUAGUCAUUUUUAACUUUAUACUAGCAAUGCUAGCUUAACUUGCAUGCACAAUUUGGUGACUAUUUUGAGCACUUUUCGUUAGCAGUCAGCUUUUCAAAAGAUAAAGUAGUUAUUCCUUUUUGUUAUGAGCACAUCACAUGGCAGCAGUUUUACAGUUGCACAUCAUGAGCUUGCGAUGUACUUUUCAGGCCGCCUAGAGAAAAUGUGAUGGCCUGCAGUAUGUAAUAUCGAAGGCAUAUGCAGGCAUGUUCCAAAGUACCAGAGUUCUUUCUCUGAACAUUGCAUUCAAGAGCCCAUGUGAAUGGCAUAAUUUUAAAAGAUAGGUGACAUAGAUAAAUAAACUUACUAAGAGCUUGUCACUGUGUGUUCUUUUAUGCAGUAGACUGAUGAAAUGACUCUUUGCAAAUCACUCUGGGCUUUUUCUCAUUCCGAAUUGUUUUAUUUGUUGACAUAGCCUGUGAUGGUGUUCUUUUGUAGACUCACAUGCUCACUUAUACAAUUCAUCUUGUUUUCCUUGUGUCUACGACUCUCUCUAUGUAAAGAAUGGCUGUCAACUUGUUUCUACGAUAGCACUGUUCGAGUCUGUGGCCUCGUGAUUUGUUUUCAUUGUGAGAAAGCGCAAGGACAUGCUAAACAAACAUUUGUAGGCAUCUGUACCAGUAUAAGUUAUCUUAAGAGCAGCAAUUUAAAUUGAUCGACUCAAGCGGCCCCAAUUUUCAUAGUAUAGCAUAAAAACUGAGCAGAAAGAGAAAUUCAGCUUGACUCUCAAGCAUGGACCGCUGAGACAGGAGUUAGUGUUGAUGUGUGUGUCUUAGGACCUUCUCGAAAUGAAAACAAGCCACUGUCUAGGUUCAUUCCAACCAACGCACAGUGCGACACUCUUUAGCCUACGUUAGCUUUUUACUCAUGGCUGCAAUUCCAAAAGUGUACAAGCUUGGGCUUGUCGUCACGAUUGUUUAGUGCAUGUCAAAACAGUGGACAUGAAAGGGGGUUAAGAAUACACAUUAUGCCGAUGUCUGCUCGCCUGUCCUGUGUGCUAAGUUGGCGCCAGUUGAAAUAUGAAAUGUGAAAACCUGGCCGAUUGCAACGUGUGCUGUCAGCGCCAAUCGAAAUGCAAGCAGCAGAGCAUUUUGUUUUUUGUUUCUUGCACAGGCUAGUGAAAAAGCAAGCAGGCAGAAUUCGCAAUUGACUCUGCUGCACUGUAAAGAUUGCGAGUCGAAUCUUUGGGUUGACCGUGAUACGCCGCACCCACUGCUUUUUGUUAGACCGUGCAAAAAACGAGAGCUCUGCAUGUCUCAUUUCUAUAGUUUCUCAUGACACGAUUGCCCCUUGUCACGUCCACUGUCUUGCAACGCUUUUCUGCCUUUUGUACCCAAGCACAGCUACAGUGCAUAGUGACAUCGCUUGUGUAUACACACUGUUGUGUGCACACUGACUUAGAAUUAAGUCAUUGUGUUCUGUCAAUCAUGUGAUUCUUUUUUAUUACAAUAGUCAUUCGAAGGCAAAAAAAAGAAAAGCUGCGCUGGCUGGAAAAAGAAGAACAGUACUCAACCUUUAGCACUCUACAUUAAUUCAGUGCGAAAAUGUGUGUAAUCAGCAUUGAAAACAAACAGCUGUGACUAGCAUUGUAUAGUUGUCAGAAAGGAAUAAUUGUUUUGCAUGGUUAAAAGGAACAAUAACGACGACAUUCUAUACAUUUUAAGAAUGCUGUUCCCCCCUCGAACUCUGGAUUUUUCGUCUGUCACUUUCAAGAUGUUACUGUCUGUUGGUCUCGCUGACCGAAGAAAACAAUGAUGAACACUGUGAUUUGUUGCAUUGAAGGCAGCCGUUUCUCUCUUCUUGAGUUUUUCAAAUAAAGCUCAAGGCUGACUGUG